AUGGGUUCCUCUUCUUCUAAGACUACAACUACUUCCUCAGUUGUCGCAACUACCUCAACUACCUCAACCACUACCCCAAUUGUGGUUGCUACAACCUCUUCUACUACCACAGAGGCUACAUCUACCGUUCCAACCACUUCCUCUGUUGCGACUUCUAGUUUGGAAUCAUCUGUUUUAUCUUCCGUACUAAUGUCUUAUUUAUCAUCUUCGACCGCCACCAGUGAAGUUACUAGCUCGAUCGUUUCUUCGACCGCCACAAGUGAAGCUACUAGCUCAAUUGUUUCCUCCACUUAUAGUUCAAUUCCUGCUUCUAGUGUCGAAGCUACCUCCUCUUCCAGUGUUGAAACAGUUGCUGAAUCAAGUACCACUCAACGUGAAAGAUUAGAAAAUUCAUCUACUAGCGUUUCUUCUUCUUCCUCUGAACUACCUACAUCAUCAAGCUCAACCUCUGUAGUUCCUUCCUCCGUUGGUACAUCUGCUUAUUCCAGUGCCAAGCCUGUCACCUCAUCCUCCGCUCCAGCGUCUUCUAGUGAAGUUGUAACCGUCAGUACUGUUGAUUCUGUUUCCAGUUCUUCCCAGAGUCCUUCAGUGGAAGCUACUCCUACUUCUGCUGUUGUUUCUAGUUCCGAUAUAUUGCCUUCAUCUUCAAUUGCUAUCAGUUCUUCCGUUACUUCUCCUUCCUCUUCAGUUUCUAUUACUUCUUCCAUACCAUUUAGCGAUUCUGUUGAUCCUUCCACAACAACAAUUGUUGAGAGUUCUACUGCUACUUAUGUCACUACGGAUGUUAACGGUAUUUCAACUACCAUAACCACAGUCAUUUGCGAUAAUUCAAGUGUUGCAACCAACGCGGUCGUCACUGACACUUCUAAAACUACCGAAACUUUGACCACUUGCGAUGAAUGUACAAAAUCCAAGACUUCUUCUGAAUCUGUUUCUACUGUUACUGGUACAUCUACUUAUGUUGAUGGAACCACCACUGAAUAUUACACAUACACCACCACAGUUCCAUGUGAUGAAGCUACCGCUGCCGAAGUUGAGACCACUAGCACUAGUUUUACCACCAGCGUAGGUACUUCUACAUACGUUGACGAAACUACC